CAGCGAUAACGAUAACAUCGUCAUAUGUGUAAAAUGUUUUAAGAAAUUAAGAAGCAUGAGAAAUGUGUGAUAAAAAAAAUAAGCACAAAAAAUUGACGCUGAAACUAGCAACGAGCACUCCAGACAGCCGGACUUGUGGCAGUUCUUAAUGUUUGCAGCAACAACAAAAACAAAUAAACGACACGUCAACGUUGCGGCCCGAAAAUGUAUUGCCUGCAAUGUUUACUCCCCGUAUUGCUCAUACCAAAACCCACAAACCCAGCGCUUAUGGAAACACAUGUCAUGUUCAUAGUGCUAUAUUUAAUAGGCUUCUUUCUGGAACGGAAGCCAUGUACGAUCUGUAGCCUGGUAUUUAUUACCGCCGUUUCGCUGUUCUGCUACAGCGGCGUGGGCAACUGCAUCUUCUGGGGCAACUGCGAGGGUCAUCAUUGCGAAAACGGUUAGACGCCGCCAACCCAAUUCAACAGCAGAAUACAGGAGUGCUAAAUAAUAAUUACGUUCGCGUUGCUACAGCUUUACAAUACAUACAAUUUGCAUACACAAACAAACCAACAAACAAUCAGUGAUAAAAGUGAGUGAGUCAACAAGAGAGGAGGAGAGCCGAAGCGUGUGGUGUGUACGUAACUUGUACGUGAAAGUUUGUAAACAGAAGAGGAAACUAUAUAUCUGCCCACUCAGAAAGCCAAAAGAAAAUAUAAACAAGUCCAUCCCAACGCGUUCGAUAGCCUGUUUCUAUUGCUGGUAUUUUUUCUUCAUGUAUUUUAAUUUAGCUAAAUUUUCUGCCCCUCGCCCCAAAUCCAAUUCGUAUUCAACUGUUUUAUUUAGAAUUAGAGGCGAGUUUCGUUUAACAAGCGCUACAAAAUGUAUUGUAAAUUUUCUGAUUACGAGGAGAGGUACCCCGUCAAUGCAACUUGAGAUUAGUCAUAUGUUAUUUAAAUAAACUAACUGUAAAAAAAUUAAAGGAAUUAUAAUAUUGCUGUGCGUCCUUGCUGCGCCAAUGGACGUUGAUAUCGGUUGUUCCCUGUCCUGUGCACAUGCAAAUUGUAUAUAUAUAUACACACACGACAUGCAUACAUAUAUACAUUACAUUUGAUUGAUAUAUAAAUGUAUAAAAUAAUCAAAAAAGAAAAAUGUUGGAUUUUUUUUUUACGAAUUGCACUUCGUAAACUUAAUUUAAGCAACGACAAAUUAUCCAAUUUGUUUGGACACGAGUUUAAA